UCGUUAACCCGUUAAGAAUUUAGGCUCGCCGACACGGCCGGAAGAUGGUUUCGAUUAUCAAAAAUCAGCUGCUGAAACAUCUGUCGAGGUUUACGAAGAAUUUAUCUGCUGAUAAGAUAAACCUGAGCACAUUCAAAGGUGAAGGAGAGCUAUCAAACUUAGAACUUGAUGAAAUAGUCCUCACGGAUCUACUAGAGCUGCCAUCGUGGUUAAGACUAACUAAUGCUUGGUGUAAUAAAGUUUCAUUUCGCAUACAAUGGACCAAACUGAAAAGUGUUCCUAUCUUUUUGAGUUUGGAUGAGGUUCACAUAGACGUAGAAACAUGUGAGGAUCUAAGAAGCAUGUCUUCCCCGCAGGGUAUAUCAUCGUACGCUGGUCCUGCAAAGUAUUCUUUUAUACAUAAAGUAAUUGAUGGAAUAACAAUAGCUGUCAACACUGUGCUGGUUACUUUUAAAAGUCCUGCAUUUAUUGCCUCAGUCCAGAUGAACCGGAUUAUGGUAGAAUCCAAGUCGGCGACAUGGCAGCGUUGCGAUCUCAGAACCACUAGAGUAAAGGAUCCUGAUCGGGGGCAGUUACUUAUCUUUAAAGAGUUAGAAUGGCAGACCGUUAGAAUAGAAGCUCAAAGUACUAAGGAUCAGAAUUUGACGCCGCUUCGUUUACUUACAAAUCAAGCGAGAUGUCGAAUUACGAUAAAAAAAAGAAUAUCAGAUUGUUUCAUUAUGGGCUCCAGAUUAGUAAUUAUACUAGAUGAUCUUUUAUGGGUAUUGACGGACUCACAACUGAAAGCCGCGCUCCACUUUCUCGAUUCUUUAGGUGGUCUUAUUGAGAAAGCUACCAUUCUUGAACGAAAAACAAAAGCCGCAAGAAAAUUAGAGGUUUUACCGGAAUAUCAAGCACAAAUAUCUCAACAAAGUAGAACAAAGAGUCAGUGUAAUACAGCGAUUUCCAAAAUAUUUACGAGAUACGAUGUUGUAGAGACAUCAUAUCAUUUUCUUUCACAACGCAUUGAUCUUCAUUUAUGUGACGAUGCUGGUGGAGGCAGAUCAUUACAUCCUGAUCUGAAGGACGGUGGUGCACUACAAAUUUCAUUAGUUAGAUUUCAAAUUGAUUAUUAUCCGUAUCAUCUGGCAAUGGCGGACAGAAAACAUUGGGCCAAGUACAGAGAGAAUGCCACACCUCAUAAUCAAUGGUUGCAACAAUCGUUGAGUUCGUUCCGAAGUCAGUUUAUGGAUCUCAUAGAUUCUGGAAGAACACAACAUUCUCCGUUAACAAGAAGUCAAGGAAACGUAACAGCAGCUAGCGGUACGAAAGGUUCCAGAGAGCAUUUGGAGAAAAGUAAUCAACCACAAAAUCCAAAUGUCACACCGUCUGAGCAAAAAAAGGCGCAACAUCCUAGUGGUAAUCCCGUGAAAAAUUAUGUCUUGGAGCAGCUUGCCAAGCUAAUGACGACGUGCAUUAUUAUCAGGAUCGAUGAUUUUACCUUGUACAAAGCGACGACAACGUCGCGCAAUCCAAUACCGAAAGAAUUUAUCUCAGCUCAAACCAGGAAAAAACAUAUACCAGGCGAUCGUGACAGAUUUAGUCUUCCAGAAGACGUAACAAUAGUUCAUGCCGAGUUUACUUAUUACUAUUACCCGGGGGAUAUUACUUUUCCCUUGCCGCCGCCCAAAUUUUAUGUACAGCUAAAUCCCAUUCAAAUAAAUUUCGAUGUCUGCUCGUGCCUUUGGUUUAAUUCUUUUGCACUGAAUCUUUAUCAUUCUCUUAUGGGAAAGGACAAGCAGCUGAGUUCUUCGCGUUUAAUGUAUUUUGAUGUAAAGAUAGAGGCUAUACUCCCAAGAAUAGUAUUUGAAAGUCAGCAGGAUUACCCCAACCAGAAAGACAGACCCAAGUCCCUGCAUCUGCAAACCUCCAGAGCAUCUAUAACAAAUGUUCGAUCAACGGAGAGAUCUUCAAGGGCGGACUUGGCGCAGUGCCUCAAUGCAUUUCAAAUGGGACAAAUGUUCUUUGGCGCAGAGUUUCCCAGUAAAUCGAGUGAUUUUCAUGUAGUGACGGAUAAAUUUCUGGCGCAUUGUGCAGGCACCGAUAACAUUCGGCAAAUACCGCCCAAUUUCAGUAGCAAUUCCGUGAACGAGCUGCUUCGUCAGCUGAACAGAGAACUUUUGUGGACGGAGGCGAAGGAUGUGUGGUGCUGCAACUUGGAGCCUGUUUGGGGGGAUUUUUUCGGUGCGCGGGCCGUCGGCCAGAAUCGGCCGGUGCCGUUUCUCGACGCGUUUCCUCUGACCCUGUGGUGCCACUUCACCGCGGACCCGUUGUCAGCCGCGGAGAGGCAUUCGCCCGCCGACAUUCACGGGCUGGCGUACAUAAGCAAUCUAGUUAGCGUGCAGAUAAAUCAUUACCAGUAUUUGUUCUUACUCAGACUGUCGGAGAUACUUUCCGAGAUGGCUACGUACUUGGCUGUGGACUCGAAUAAAAUUCUGAACGUGGAGAACGGCGGCUCGCUGAUCGUGGGCGCGUUGAUACCGCAGGUGGAAGUGACGUUCGUGAUGCCGUCGCACACGCCCGGCAAGGAGAACUCCGGCGGCGAUCUGGAGUCCGUGAUGCCCGACUCGUCGAGCAUCGCGGACGACUACGUCGGCUCGUCCGCGGUCUGGCAGCACACCAGCACGGUGGGCGCGCGCGUCGACUUCAGCGCCAAGAGAAUGAACACGAGCAACGACGUGGAGACGCCCCAGAGCGAGGCGUCGUCGAUGCUGUCGAUGGAUUACUUGCAUUCCGCCCCGACGACGCAGCCGGUCGUCACCUUCAAGCAGAACGGCAGCACGAAGAAGGGCGAUCAGGAGGGGCCGACGAACGCGAUGUGGUGCAUCCCCGAGAGCAGCGGGCCGCAGUACGUCGUCGGCAAUACAGCGAGCGACGAGAAGAGGCACACGCCGGAAGCUACGCACAAGCACAGCAAGUCGGACUCGAACACGCCCUUUAUCCCGAAUAAUUUCAACGUCAAUCUCUCGUCUAUGAAGAAGGGAUUCAGCAAUCUGAUGACGUCGAUCGACUCGGCCUUGAAGGCCUCCCCGGAGGACGGCAGUAGCGACACGGUGUCCAUGAGAAGCGACGUCAGCUCGGACAGCGAGAAUUACGUUUUGGUGAACCUACAGGAUCAGGGGAAGAUCGACGCGGUAUUCGGCAUCGAUAACUCGAUUAGGAUAACGGCCGUGGAAGAGGCGACGGAGGUUGUGGAAGAAACGCCGGACACGCAGAGUGAGAAAUCUAUGGACAGCGUAUGCAAAAGGAAGGAUCUGGUUUCCAUGGCAACGUUCAAGCUGUCGAAAGUCGAAUUUAUACAACAAUCUUCUGAUUAUUCUUCUGUUAUUAAGAUUCAAGUUUCCAAUGUUGACAACGAUGAAUGUUCGUCUAUCCCUUGGGAUGAAUUUCAGGUCAAGAGAAAGACCAAGUUCAGUUCGCGAUCUCGAGGCUGGAUAGAAUUGCCGUCCGAUUCCGAGUGCAAAUCACGUAUUAAGCUACGUUUGGAUCAUUGCUUGAAAAAUCCCGAGGAUUCCCGUAGAUUGUCGGACGCCAGUCAGAAGGUCAUGAGCGACAGUAAUAGGCCGGUGUCUCACGACCGCGCUAGAUUGCCUGAACAGGACGCUUCGGUCACUACAUCCGGCAUCAAUGUGCAUGACAAAGAGGGCGUUAUGAAUUUAUUCGAGGAUAAGUUAGAGAUGAGAGUCGCCAGCGUAGGAAUGGCGCUGUCGAUGAGCUCGGUGACGGGUUUGGCGGACUUGGCGGAGGACGAGAUCAUACCUAAACCGAUUCCUAUGCAGAUAUACUUAGAAAAUAUAUCGUUGCGUUUGAAUGAAGAUCGUCCGCCAAAUAACAUAACUUCCCCUGGCCCGAUCCCGAUAGAUUUGAAUAUUUCCAAGCUCAGGAUAGCGCGGGACAUGAGCGGCGUGUUUCACAUCGAGCCCGUUGCAACUGCAAUAGAUGAGAUCCAUUCAAAUACGGCGAGUGACAAAAUGCUUAAGAAUGCGGAGCACGAGAGGGAAUUGAAAGCUCUAAGACAAUCCAGCAAGCAGCUGAAAUUGGAUAACGAAGAAUUGAGGCGUCGUAUGGGAGCUCUAGAGAGAUUAUCGGAAGAGAAUGCGAGAUUAAUGCGCUUGAAAGAGGAAUCGGAUGUAAUAAGAUCUCGUUUGAGCGCCGCGGAAGACGACAUCGCGAGUCUUCUGCAAGAAAAGAAACUUUUACACGAAACCAUUUCGGAGCUGCGUAAUCAAAGACUGGAAGACGGUCCUGGAGGUAGUAAUAGAGCUUCAUGGUCUAUUAAGAGAUAGCACACCAGUUGUUUCGAUUGCUCCAAAUGUUGCAGUUCCAAUAAGUCUUAAUCGGUUAUAUAUAUUUUCUAUAAUGCAAAAGAAAUUUCUUUCGACAAGUUUAGAAUAUCCUCAUGUAAAGCAUAAAAACUUUCAAUUUAUUUAAAUAAAAUAAUUACUGUUAACGAUAUAAUUUUCAACUUUACAUAAUGAAUUAAUGAGGAUUAGAAUAAUUUUAAUUUUUCUGAAAAAACUAUCAGGUCUAUAGCUGUUCUCUAAGACAUAUUAUUCUCGUCUACCGUAAUUACGCUAGUAACUGCCGUUUAGAUCUUUUGCUUAAAAUGUAAAACACAGUGAUAAGAAUCGUAUGGAUAAAAAAAAAGAAAAUAUCAACUUUCUUACCGUGAUCGACUACAGGGCGAUAAUAAAUUGCAACGUUAGCCUGUUUUCCGUUUCACUGUGAAAUUACCGAUCGAUCGUACGAAUUCUUGAUAAGUGAUAAAUCGCCUGUGUGCCGGCUGUUUAUGAGUAGUAUGGCUGAAAGUUACGGAUGACUGUAUUAUAUUAUGUGCAUUAUUUUGUUUUAAUAUAUGUAUAGGUAAAGUAUUUCGUCACUUAUCUAUACAUAUGUGCUUAUAUGUAUACAUAUCCUUCUGAAAACGAGGUGAAAUAUGAUAAAGAUGCAGAAAAAUUAAGAAAACGACUUGUUUGAGUACUGGAUUGAUAUCUGUGUUAAUAAAAAAAAGACGUAGCGAGUAACUUUUUCUUUGAAAAUAAAAUCUAUUCGAGCAGAAUUCUUACGUAUUUGUGCAUUCUACUUUUGUCGUGUAUUCAUAUCAGGAUUUUUAGGAGGAUGUGUAUGUACGUGUCAUGUACAGACUAAGCAACUGCACUAGUCAGUAUAUCGCAAUCUAUUGGGUUGAUUCCACAAUUGGUUAGAUUUUUAUAUUUUGCUUUCCGUGGACAUAUGACGAGCAAGAGCAUACUGUGAAGCACAAUGAUUUAAAAUGAACGAUUGUAACUUUACAAUUAGUAAUAUAUACUAGAAAAGCCUACGGAUAGACUAAAUAGGAAAUUGUGACCUGGUGGUAUCGCAUUAUAUCAUAUACAUAAUUUUGUAUCGACUGAUUUAACGAUUCAUCGAAUCAACGAUGAAAAAUUAUAAAUAAUAAUAAUAAUAAGAAUAAUACGUUGAGGUGGGACGUUUCAAUAAGACUGUGUAAAAAUUCGGAGAUGUUGGUCUAUAGUAGUCGCUCUAGAAUCUCUCCUUGAGAUAAUUUAUAUAAACGUUAGACACGGCGGAAUUGAAUUGAAUGAAUUUUCAAAGUGAGAUAAAAAAAGAAGAUGGAUACGAUGGAUUGCGAAUGAUGGUCCUUUUAAUAAAACGUCUGUUUUAAUUUA